ACCAUCAAGCACUCGAUGAUGUGGUCUGGCAUCGAGGACCUCGUCCGCCUCAGCGCCAAAGAAGGAAUCCAGAUCCAAUUCUGGUGCGUUCCGGAAGGUGAGAACCACAAAGCCAACCAGCUUGCGUGGAAGCCUUUGGAGGCUUUGGUGGUGGAAGAUCCGAUGGAAUUCUGAACACGACUCCCUGCUGCUGUUGUCGAACGGCGUCCGAUCCAAUAGCCUCUCGAGAUCCUACAGCGCCACAACGGGUGGAACAACUG